AAAAAAAACAAUAAGAAAUAGAAAGUAAAGGCAUAUUUCCUUUCUUUCUUCUUUAAUCACAUUCAUCUAGACCAUUCAUUUCUUUUUCUUUUCAUAUUAGCAUGUCUGACAAUCACGAGAACGUUACUGUGGAGGAGGAGGCCGAAGUUCAUUUCGAGCCUGUUGUUAAGCUUGAAGCUGUUCAGGUUAAAACUCACGAAGAGGAUGAGGAUGUCCUUUUCAAGAUGCGCGCCAAGCUCUUCCGAUUCGUCAAGGAGUCUAAUGAGUGGAAGGAGCGCGGUACUGGUGAUGUUCGUUUCUUGCAACACAAGGAGACCAAGAAGAUCCGUCUCUUGAUGCGUCGUGAUCAGACUUUGAAGAUCUGCGCCAACCACUAUGUUACCUCCGAUAUGACUUUGACUCCCAAUGUCGGAUCUGAUCGAUCCUGGGUUUGGAAUGUCACUUCUGACGCAUCGGAUGAUUGCGCUGGUCCCCAGACCUUAGCUAUUCGUCUUGCCAAUCCUGAGAACGCUGCUCUUUUUAAGGAGGAGUUCGAGAAGGCUCAGAAGAACAAUGCUGAGCUGAAGGCCAAGGGCUCUACCGCUGAGGAGGAGGCCACUACUGAAAAGAAGGAGGAGGCCACUACUGACGAAAAGAAGGAAGAAGCUACUACUGAGGAAAAGGAGGAGAAGAAGGAGGACAAGGAGGAGAAAGCAUAAAUAUCUCGUUUUACCAAAGCAGCUAGGCCAACAAUAAAGAACACAAUGAGCUUUGCUAUA